GAAAUUAAAAGAACAGAAAUAGAAGCUCGGUUGGACUGCGAAAGGGGACCCAAAGGCCGCAGCUUUGCUCUCCGAUCCCGUUCCCGUGCCCAUGGGGUUCUUGGCCGAGACGCCCCUCUUCGUCGACACCAACCUCGGCACUCGCUUCGCCUUAUCCGUCCCUGAUAACAUCACGGCCGGCGAUCUGAAACGUAAACUCAAGUGUGAGCACAACUCUUGUUUCCCAGCCCUCGGAAAAAUUGUUGUCCAUUCUCUCAUGGUAAAACAAAAAUCUUUUCUCUAUCAUAUCCCAGACUCAAUGCCAAUAAAGGAAGCCUGUCAAGGAUUUCACAGCACUUGGUUUCUUCGAAUGGAUGCUACUAGGUUGACAGACGUAUCCAUGCACCAAGCAUCAAUACCUUCCUCGAUGAACCAAUUCAGAAGACGAGAUUCUCCUUAUCUGGAAGAAACUGUCACGCCAAAUUCCUACAAGUUACCAGCUUCAAGCAACUCAAAUUGUUGCACACCUGGGGGCCGAUUCGUAUGCACUGAAGUUGACAUGGAUCACAUAUUAGAAGGGUCCAUUUCCAACAUGAUUGAUUGUAGCAAUGCUUCAAAGGCAGUGGAUUUUACCAUAUCUACAGUUACAGCUACAAAUAUGAUAAAUCAGGCAGGUAAUAUUGUGAGAGAUUGCUCGACAUGGGACGAAAGAGAAGUUGAUGUGCCUUCCUUGCCACUUAUAAGCCAGAAGAGUCUGUCGAAGAGGAGGAAAUUGGAACAUGGCAUUCAAGGGAAUGUUGCUGGAAAAGAAGCUGUAAUCAGCAAUAAAACCAGAAAAUCUGGAGUUGGUUCUAGUUUGGAUUCUGGGAAAGAGGUUAGAAAAGAUAAUACUGCUCCAAAUGCAACUCAAAAGGACAAAGCUUGGGUAUCAGAAGGGCCAUCAGAAAAAGAGCAACACAAGAAUUCUUUAUCGAUGGAAGAAACUCCCAGCAUGAAUUUGUCAGAGAAAAUAUCUGUUACCGGUCUUAUUUCAAGAUACUUCUCUAACCAAGAUGAGGCGAGCACGUGCAGUAAUCUGCACAAAAAUGUGAUGGACACUCAGAGUGUAACCGUGCAACCCACCAGUAUGCUGAAUACCCAAGAAUUUCAUCUAAAUGAAGCAACUGGUUUUGCAAUGAAAGAUGUGCAAAGUUCGGCAGACGAUAAAAGCUCAAAUGAAGGUGAAUCGGACUGUAAUACGGCUUGUUCCUUCAAUAUCAACAGAGAAACAAAGCAAGUUUGUCUCAUGAGCAAUAAUGUCGGAAAAAUUGCCAAGAAGAAACCAACUACUUCUGAAGGUAAGGGACAACCAAGUGCUAUCAUUUCGAGUGCAAAGAAGGAUACUCGUGUAGCUGAAAGCAGAUGCUACGAGGCAGGCAACACUACAUCAUGCGGAAACAAAUCUCUGAUAUCGAGCAGUCAAGUCAAUAGGAAAUUGGUUCAUGCUAGGCCUCGUCGCACAUCGACUUUUUCUUCUCUUUCAUCACCAAUCAGCAAGCGUAAGAGAAUUUUUAGCAGCAAUGACAAAAAUGAAGUCGGGAAGCGACUCGUCCAAGCAGCAAACAAGAUUUAUCCCUCUGUUAGUGCUGAAAAGUUGCCACAAUCCAGGUACAUCUCUAGAUGUGGAAACAUGUCUGCACCAAAUUCAAUUGUAAUACCUAAAAGAUUUUCUUUUGAGAUAAAUGAUUCUGAUGAUUGACAAAUAAACCUUGUUAGCUACUGACCACAAUUUUCUGGUUUUACUUGGAAGUGCUUCACAAUGUGCAUCCUAUAUUUGUUCAUCCAAUGGAUAAAAGGAAAUGUUCAUGCUUUUAUUCAAACUUCAAGUGUCAUUCAUCAUUCACAGUGCAAGUGGCCAUCCUGAGAAAAUACUUCUUCAAGAGCUUACCAAUUUCAAGAUGUCAAGAGGUUAGGUUUUUUUGCAGAAAAUACAGUGCUGAGAAGCUACAAAACAUCAUCUGCUGUUAACCCUUCCGUAAUAGAUACAUCUAUUACAACAGGGAGGAGGCCCUGAAGAUGAUAGUAUGACGCCACGUGUUUCGCGCGUUGUCGAACCGCUGAGGUUGGACUCUUCGUUCCUAUGACUUCUCUAUUGUUGAUCCACCUGAACCGUCUGAUCUCGAUCCGAAGGAUAAGAUGGUCGAAGAGAAGGCCACGUGAGCUCGUCUAACUAACGGAGUCGAGGUCUUCAGUUUGACCGGUCAAUGACCACACGUGUCAUGGAUCUGGGAAAAGAUGGGGCUUCGAGCACCGUCUCUUCGUUGGGCUUGGGCUGACCUUGAUUGAAGCGUCGAGUGGGGUCCACAUUUAAUCUACGGCUUCUGAUGGGAGUUGUAAGAUUCUAUAUUAUAGCAAGUGCUGGAGAGGAUCCAUAGCGGUUGCUUCCGAUCGUCGCCGCGCGCUCUCUCACCACUCUCACGUGCUUCGCACGCACACCUCGGAUUCCACCAUCGUCAGCCUGGGCUUCGAUACCUCUAUUUAAGGGGCAGAUGCUUCACCGUCCUCUCUUCUCUCCUUUCCGCUACCGUCGCCCUCGGCCCCGCAGCGGCUCACCCACCGGAGCCCACCGAUCGUCUCGUCUCGCGGUCUUGCCAGCGCUCGGGUGUGGUUCCUUCUUGUACCCUCGUGGUUGAUCCCGUUUUCUUGUUCCCUUUUCCUGUAAGUUAUUGAUCCGGAUGCGUGUUUCGCGCUAGGGUUCUUGAUGAUGGGGGAUCUGUGACGGGAAAUUUCCGGUUUAAAGAUGAGAUUCUUGGUAUUGCGAUUGACAUUGCCGCAUAUGAAAUUUUCGUCUGAGGUUUUGUUCUUGGUCAUCUUUAGUUCUUGAUCUGACAUGCGAUGAGAGACGAGAGAUUCCCCGUUUAAUGAUAAUUGCAGCUGAUAUUGCCAUAUAUGAAGUUUCUGCCUAGGGUUUUGUUCUUGGUCAUCUUUAAUUCUUGAUCUGUCAUUUGUGCGUUAAGCCGAAACUUCAUGGAAAACUGAAUGGGAGAUCUGCUUGUCAUUUAGUGCCCCUGUUUCUUUUUA